CCCCAAGCCAUCGACUUUCUUUCCCCCUUGAAAAGCCGAUGAGAUCUUGAUGAAAUUCCUUCCUUUUCUUGUUAAAUCACAAGAUUUAGGACCUAGAAUCUUCCCUCUCAACCAAGAAAAAUCCCGGUUCUGCUAUGCUCUUCCCCUACAGCCGGCAAGAGUCCCAGCUACCGCCACCCAUUUUCAGCCAGGAACACCGGCCAAGCUUGGGGAUUUCUCCCUAUUUUCUUGUUCUAGACACCUAUUAAACCCAGAAUUUUCCAGAUCUGGUAUGCUCUUCUUCCCCCGUCCGCGAGCUGCUCUUGUCGGUGGAGAGCUUCUCGAUUUUUCGGAUCUCCGUGAGUUUCCCUGCAAAUCCCGCCGGCCUCCUUCCCAAACUGCAGCUCCGGUUUCCUUGCUUGUAAAUUCUGGUAUGAUAGCCACUCCUCAAAGUCUUAAAUUACCCAUUUAAUUGCUGAGUUUUGUCCAUUAGUUAAUGCUCUGUGUUGUCCAAAUCUGCUGGGAUAGGGGAUGAAUUUGGCAGCCCUUUUAAAUGUGUUUUGUGCUUGGUUUAUGUAGGAAUUUUGUUAAUUGGGCUAUUGUGAUGU